GGCCGGCGUCUGGCCCUGCUUCCCCCGCAUCGUGGGCACAGGGUGGUACAGUCCUCCGCGGAGCGUGGGCGGGGCGGCCUAUUUAAGGCCGGGCGCAGGGGGCGGGGCCGCUCAGUCCUCGCGGCGUCAGCGUGUUGUGCGGUCGGGAGCGUGCUGCUGGGCGGCCGAGCGCGCUUGCGCGGACAUGGCCUCCAACGACUAUACCCAACAAGCAACCCAAAGCUACGGGGCCUACCCCACCCAGCCUGGGCAGGGCUACUCCCAGCAGAGCAGUCAGCCCUAUGGCCAGCAGAGCUAUGGCGGCUACGGGCAGUCCACGGACACUUCCGGCUAUGGCCAGAGCAGCUAUGGCUCCUCGUACGGACAGACACAGAACAGCUAUGGCACUCAGUCAGCUCCCCAGGGUUAUGGCUCGACUGGCGGCUAUGGUAGCAGCCAGAGUUCCCAGUCGUCUUACGGACAACAGUCCUCCUACCCUGGCUAUGGACAGCAGCCAGCUCCCAGCAGCACCUCAGGAAGUUACGGCAGCAGUUCUCAGAGCAGCAGCUACGGGCAGCCCCAGAGCGGGGGCUAUGGCCAGCAGUCUGGCUAUGGCGGACAGCAACAAAGCUAUGGGCAGCAGCAAAGCUCCUAUAACCCCCCUCAGGGCUACGGGCAGCAGAACCAGUACAACAGCAGCAGCGGAGGUGGCGGAGGGGGUGGCGGAGGGAGCUAUGGCCAAGACCAGUCCUCUAUGAGUGGUGGCGGCGGCGGCGGCUAUGGCAGUCAGGACCAGAGCGGUGGUGGCGGUGGCUACGGGGGAGGCCAGCAGGACCGAGGGGGCCGCGGCAGGGGCGGCGGCGGUGGUUACAACCGUAGCAGUGGCGGCUAUGAACCCAGAGGCCGAGGCGGCGGCCGUGGAGGCAGAGGCGGCAUGGGCGGAAGUGAUCGUGGUGGCUUCAAUAAAUUUGGUGGCCCUCGGGACCAGGGAUCACGUCAUGACUCGGAGCAGGAUAAUUCCGACAACAACACCAUCUUCGUGCAAGGCCUGGGCGAGAAUGUCACCAUCGAGUCUGUGGCGGAUUACUUCAAGCAGAUUGGUAUCAUCAAGACAAACAAGAAAACGGGGCAGCCCAUGAUUAAUUUGUAUACAGACAGGGAAACUGGCAAGCUGAAGGGAGAGGCGACAGUCUCAUUUGAUGACCCACCUUCUGCUAAAGCAGCUAUCGACUGGUUUGAUGGCAAAGAAUUCUCUGGGAAUCCCAUCAAGGUUUCAUUUGCUACACGCCGAGCAGACUUUAAUCGGGGUGGUGGCAAUGGUCGUGGAGGCCGAGGGCGAGGAGGUCCCAUGGGCCGCGGAGGCUACGGUGGCGGUGGCAGUGGUGGUGGUGGCCGAGGAGGAUUCCCCAGUGGAGGUGGUGGUGGAGGAGGACAGCAACGAGCUGGGGACUGGAAGUGUCCUAAUCCUACCUGUGAGAACAUGAACUUCUCUUGGAGAAACGAAUGUAACCAGUGUAAGGCCCCUAAACCAGAUGGCCCAGGAGGGGGACCAGGAGGUUCGCACAUGGGUAAGAAAGGCGCAGCUGGUAAUGAGCACAUGGGACAGACAGCCUUUAUCAGGCAGGGAGGUUGGGGUGGAAAUGUGAAUUAUAUUUCUUGUUUUCUAGGGGGUAACUAUGGAGAUGAUCGACGUGGUGGCAGAGGAGGCUAUGAUCGGGGCGGCUACCGGGGCCGCGGCGGGGACCGUGGGGGCUUCCGAGGGGGCCGGGGUGGUGGGGACAGAGGCGGCUUUGGCCCUGGCAAGAUGGACUCCAGGGGUGAGCACAGACAGGACCGCAGGGAGAGGCCGUACUAGUCGGACUCCUAAGGUUCUGAAGUGGCUUUUCUUCUGUACCCAGUGUUACCCUCGUUACUUUGUAACCUUCCAACUCCCGGAUCACCCAUGGAUUUUUGUGUUGGACUCUGUAAUUGUAACCAUACCUCUGGUUCCCAUUAAAAACCAUCAUUUUAGUUAAA